AUUCUGCAAACCUGCUUCCACAAUGGGUAAUGAGGAACUGUGGGUGCAGCCAGCCUUGGAGAUGCCGAAAAGACGGGACAUCCUUGCGAUCGUCCUCAUCGUGCUGCCCUGGACGCUGCUCAUCACCGUCUGGCACCAGAGCACCCUCGCUCCUCUGCUUGCUGUGCACAAGGAUGAGGGCAGUGAUCUUCGACGUGAGGCACCGCCUGGUGCGGACCCCAGGGAGUACUGUAUGUCAGACCGCGACAUCGUGGAGGUGGUGCGCACAGAGUACGUUUACACCCGGCCGCCUCCGUGGUCUGACACACUGCCCACCAUCCACGUGGUGACGCCCACCUACAGCCGCCCAGUGCAGAAGGCCGAGCUGACACGCAUGGCCAACACGCUGCUGCACGUGCCCAACUUGCACUGGCUGGUGGUGGAGGAUGCGCCACGCCGGACCCCGCUCACAGCGCGCCUGCUGCGGGACACCGGCCUCAACUACACUCACCUGCACGUGGAGACGCCCCGCAACUACAAGCUGCGAGGCGAUGCCCGCGAUCCGCGCAUCCCCCGGGGCACCAUGCAACGCAACCUGGCCCUGCGCUGGCUGCGAGAGACCUUCCCACGGAACUCCACCCAGCCGGGCGUGGUGUACUUUGCAGAUGAUGACAACACCUACAGUCUGGAGCUUUUUGAGGAGAUGCGCAGCACCAGGAGGGUAUCCGUGUGGCCUGUGGCCUUUGUGGGUGGCCUUCGGUAUGAGGCCCCACGGGUGAAUGGGGCAGGGAAAGUGGUUGGCUGGAAGACAGUGUUCGACCCCCACCGACCAUUUGCAAUAGACAUGGCUGGCUUUGCUGUCAACCUGCGGCUCAUCCUGCAGCGAAGCCAGGCAUACUUCAAGCUGCGUGGAGUAAAGGGGGGCUACCAGGAAAGCAGCCUCCUUCGAGAACUUGUCACCCUCAAUGACCUGGAACCCAAGGCAGCCAACUGCACCAAGAUCCUGGUCUGGCACACCCGGACAGAGAAGCCAGUGCUGGUGAAUGAGGGGAAGAAGGGCUUCACUGACCCCUCGGUGGAGAUCUGAGCCUCUGGAUGCAGG